UUACUCCUACAUAGUACAUACACGAGAACAAGACUCGCCCAUUAUUCACCUUUCAUCGCUCUUCUUCUCUUCUUGCGAUUACGCUCCCACUCCGUCUUCUCUCUCCGUAGACUGUACUUCUUUAGAUCCCAUUCAGCUAAGCAAUUCCUCAAGCAUUUAAUAUACAUACUCUGUGCCACUACACUAAAUUAUUUUUCUUUUUCUUUCUGCCCAGUUCGACUCUCUCCGGCAUGUAGCUCCGGCGACUUUCGGGCAUACCCAUCUCGUUGCUGGCCGCUCUCUCUCUUUUUUUUUGGCGAAAGAGGUGACUUGGAGGCUGAAAGGGUUUUUGUUGAACACAGCCAAAAUGGUUCUCCUCAAAGCCAAACCAAACACUCACCGAGCUCGUCAACUACCUCUGACCAACAAAAAAAUCCGGCUAUUCAACUGAUUCUUGAGGGAAAUUCCCGGAACUCGCGCUCCCAUUUGCUAAAAAGUCUCAGUUCUUUCCCAAUGUCUAACGUAAAUUUGAACCCGAUUGACUUGGCGGCCGUAGGCGAGGACGUGACGGUGAAGGCCGUCAACAAGCGAUACGAAGGUCUUGUAACUGUCCGUACGAAGGCUAUCAAGGGUAAAGGAGCUUGGUACUGGGCUCAUCUGGAACCCAUUCUCGUCAGAAACCCCGAAACCAACCUCCCUAAGGCCGUCAAACUCAAGUGCACCCUCUGUGAUGCUGCUUUCUCCGCCUCAAACCCCUCAAGGACUGCCUCUGAGCAUCUUAAGAGGGGGACUUGCCCAAAUUUCAAUUUUGUCCCGAAGACCGGUUCCCAGUUGCCUGCAUUAGCUUCCCCUUCUUCUCAGAAUCAUUAUCGGAAGCGGAGCUUCCAACAAACUCCUACAGGUACUCCUUCCAGCUCAUACCAAGUUGGCAUGGUUGACUCUUCGCGAAUAUUUGGUGAAAUGGGGGGCUAUUCACCUGUCCAAAUUGCGCAAACUCCUUUGGCCAAUACGAGUAGUGGUUCCGGAAUGGGCCAACAGCAGUUGGUUUUGUCCGGUGGGAAAGAGGAUUUGGGUGCACUGGCAUUGCUGGAGGAUAGCGUGAAGAAGCUUAAAUGUUCGAGAGCUUCUCCUGCUCCAGCCUUAAGCAAGGACCAGGUUGAUUCAGCUUUUGAUUUGUUGGCCGAUUGGUUCUACGAGUCAUGUGGGUCGGUGUCAGUUUCAAGUCUUGAGCAUCCCAAGUUUAAAGAUUUCCUUAACCAGGUGGGCUUGCCUCCCAUUUCCAGAAGGGAAAUUUCGGGUUCAAGGCUUGAUUCUAAGUUUGAGCAAGUCAAACUCGAGGCAGAAGCUAGAAUUAGGGAUGCAGUGUUCUUUCAAGUCGCUUCUGCUGGAUGGAAGGGUAAAAACUGCAGGUGUGGUGAAGAAAGUGUGAUCAAGUUUCUGGUGAAUCUUCCUAACGGGACUAAUGUGUUUCAAAAGGUGGUUUGUAUUGGGGGUUCAGUGCCAUCACAGUACGCAGAGGAGGUUUUAUGGGAGGCAACCAGAGGAAUAUGUAGUAAUGUUGUGCAGAAAUGUGUAGGCAUAGUUGCAGAUAAAUACAAAGCCAAAGCAUUGAGGAAUUUGGAAAUUCAGCAUCAUUGGAUGGUUAAUUUGUCUUGUCAGCUUCAAGGUAUUAUUAGCUUAAUCAAGGAUUUUAGUAGAGAGCUUCCACUUUUCCAAACUGUAACGGAUAGUUGUUUGAAGAUUGCAAAUUUUUUUAAUAGCAAAUCUCAGAUUAGAGAUAACUUCCACAGAUUUAGGUUGCAAGAAGCUGAGCUCUCUGGCUUGAUAAGAGUUCCUCAUCCCAAAUGUGAUUUGUCAAAGAACUUAGCUUCUGUUUUAUUGAUGAUAGAGGACAUAUUGGGGUAUGCACGGGUUCUGCAGCUAGUGGUGUUGGAUGAUUCAUAUAAGGUUGUCUGCAUAGAGGACUCUGUUGCUAGAGAAGUUGCAAACACAAUUCAGGAUGUCGGGUUCUGGAAUGAUUUGGAGGCUGUUCAAUCACUGGUGAAACUGAUCAGGGGAAUCGCUCAAGAAAUCGAGGCUGAGAAGCCUUUAGUUGGGCAGUGUCUCCCUCUGUGGGAAGAGUUGAGAACAAAAGUAAAGGACUGGUGUGCAAAAUUCAGCUUAGCAGAGGGACCUGUGGAUAAAAUAGUUGAAAGGCGAUUUAAAAAAAAUUACCAUCCUGCCUGGUCUGCUGCAUUUGUGCUUGAUCCCCAAUACUUGAUGCGAGAUGCUAGCGGGAAGUACCUUCCACCAUUUAAUUGCUUGACGCAUGAACAAGAGAAGGAUGUGGAUAAGCUCAUAACACGAUUAGUUUCCAGGGAGGAAGCUCAUAUCGCAUUGAUGGAGCUUAUGAAGUGGAGAUCAGAAGGGCUAGACCCGUUAUAUGCUCAGGCAGUUCAGGUAAAACAGCAAGACCCUGUGACUGGGAAGAUGAGGAUUGCAAACCCUCAAAGCAGUAGGCUUGUUUGGGAAACUUGUCUGAAAGAGUUCAAAUCAUUGGGUAAAGUUGCUGCUAGGCUUCUUUUCCUUCAUGCUACUACAUGUGGGUUUAAGUGCAAUUGGUCAAUCAUGAGAUGGAUUUGUUUGCAAGGACAUCCCAGGGCUUGCAUGGACCGGGCUCAGAAGAUGAUCUAUGUUGCUGCUCAUGCAAAGCUUGAAAGACGAGAUUUCUCUAGUGCAGAGGAGAAGGAUGUGGAAUUGUUUGGUGCUGCAAAGAGUGCGGAUGACGUGCUAAAUGAGGUCUUUGCAGAUGCGAACUCAGUGUAAUGCCCCUUUUUUUGCUUUUUGGGGACUCCUAUAGAACUCUAAUCUAGGAUUUGUUAGAUUCUUUGGACUUCUUUAUUUUGUAACUCCUAGUGUCAGAUUUUAUGGGAUACUAUUGCUAGGGGAAUUCAGAGAAUCAACCAACUGUAUUAUCAGAAACUGCUUAGGAACAUGAUUUCUUGACCCAUUAGAUGGGAAGCAGAGGUUCUUGUAUCUAGAGAGCACAACUUUUAUCGUUUCAAGUUAUCAAAUAGUUCAUUGGAAAGAGCGAGAAGUUAUCAACA